CCUGGUUCCUUCGUUCCCGACCAGCACAACGUCUUGUGAGAUGUCUGCAGCGUCCACAUGGCCGCGACGAACCGCGUGUCGGUAGGGGCAGCGAGGGUCAUACCGAUACUGCUCGUUCUCAUCGUCGGCUAUGCUUCCUACGUCGUCGUCGGACCGCUCUGCAUUUCCUACCUCAUCCAUCCUCCCCGGGGGACUCCUCGACGUCUGCUUGCGGGCAUCCUCAUCAUCGUCUUCUAUUUUGUGUUGCUCAUACCCGUGGCCAUUUCGUGGCUGAGACUCUUGCUGGCUGUACUCAUUGAGCCGGGAUAUACACAGCGAGGAGACAGUGAUCUGCAACGACCGACGGUCACAGAGCCGCCACUGGAGGGACUGGAGACGUUUUGGAUGCGCGAUGUUUUUGUCUGCGAUCAGAAUGGACUGCCGAUCUGGUGCGAUGUCUGCAAGUGUCCGAAGCCUGACAGGACUCAUCACAAUCAGGACGUUGGACGAUGCACGAGGAAAAUGGACCAUUUCUGUCCCUGGGUGGGAGGAGUAGUGGGAGAGCGAUCUUACAACUUCUUCGUCCAGUUUCUGUUCUAUACCAUGGUUUUCACUGCUUACAUUACUGGGGUGCUUGGCUACUACGUCGCUGGAUAUAAACACAACGUUCACUGGUUCGUGGUCCUCGGUCUGGCUGGCUUCUUCCUGCUGUUCACUGCUGGCAUGGUUAUGAACAGCUUAAACAUGGUGUUCAAGAACACCACUACGAUCGAGGCAGUCCGUGGCAGGAUGUACCUGGCUGUCAUUCUGCCUCCCGAAAUGCAAAGAGACCCGCUGGUACCACCCCCGCCCGCAGUGCUAUCGCAAACCCCAGGGGAUGGAGCGAGCGAUGAGGGAAGUGAGCGACAUCUGACGUCCGAAUUGGAUGAUCCUGCACAUAUCAGUUAUUUCAAACGACAGUCCAAGCCCACCAGGCGCCAGUCAACAUCACAUUCAUCUACUCCUUCGAAGUUAUGGAAGGGGACAAUCACAUAUCCGUUGAGACUACCCACUGAUCGACCACCUAUUCCUGCUCCCGAGCCAAGGACAUUCGCCAUUUUAGAAACGCCACGAGGGCUCAACCCAUGGGAUCUUGGGACGGCAAUGCUCAAUUUCAGAGCUGUUUUCGGACAUCAUUUCUACGAGUGGUUUCUUCCUCUGAGGCAUUCUCCAUGCUGCGAACAUAGCUCGCAGAUCUCGGAAUAUCCUUUGGGUCCCGAAUUUGAAGUAUUAUUAGUGGAUGCGGGCCUUGUCCGGCCCGCGACAAGCUCAUCGCAGAAGAAUGAGCGCCGGGGGAGCAGUACACCCAGCAGAAGAAAGAAGCGCAGGCUGGACGAAGGAUGGCAGAACGGGGAGAGACCCAACGGCUGGGUCAGCGAAAAGGAAGCCAGGAGGAUCCGUAAUGAAUGGCGAAGGCGUGUCAACCAGGCAGAUCACCCCUUUGGAGGGGGGCGACAGCCUGAUGAUGUAUAUUGAUCGUUGAUGCACUUUUCAGAGGCCGCGAGAACGAACAAUGAAAUUCUGCCUUGCCCCCCCCCUCCCGGCGCGAAUGCAAUGCCCUCCAGAUUACACGUGCUAUGAAAAUUGUCAUAUUUCAACUACAUGUACGUGGGUGGGUUGAGAGCAUCAGACGCGCGCUCGUCAUGACGAGUCCCAAAUGUCGUGUGGUAGAAGUCUGCUCAAAAAAGUAAUCUGGAGAGGAUGAAGAUGAAGAUGAAGAUAAAAC